CGCCACGAGCGUGACCGACUUCUGGACUUCCUGUCGCGUUCGGAGGGCCGAUAUGAGAGUGCACCGCUCCCCCCUCACAGCUCCUGCAGGGCUUGAGUAGCAACACAUCCGACAGAAGAAAAGUGAGUGUUGUAUGACUACAAUCUCCACGCAUGACGGAUAAUUUUACUGCAGCGGUUUACAGUCGUGUUGCAAAUUUCAUGCAAGGUCGUGCUCAAAGGCAGCCACAGCAGGUAGAGUUGCCCUUUUGCAUGACAAAUUAAAGAACGAGCGGGAGAACAUCAAGCGCACUCGCAUAGCCGGGACAAGUUCGCCAAGGUCCUGCAGUUUGCCGCGCGCCUGGCAGCCGCGGUGCUACUGGAACGAACGGGGGGCGAGACCACAGCACCCUUUGGCCACAUCACCACCCUCCCGUACCGCCUGGAGCGGUUUUGGCGGGCCAUGCUCGACGCGCGGCGGAUGCACUGGUUCGGAAAGUCGAUGAUGGAGUUCCGCACUGUGCAGCAGACUACGCAUUGCAAAAGCAUCGUACUAAGUAGAAAUCGCAUGUGACAAAUAUAUUCAAAAAGAAAAACGGAUUUGUAAUGCAGAUUCAGGCACUAAAACUAAAUGCCAUUUCGUAUACGCGUACGAAACACUUUUGCCGGGGAUACAAACCUUGCACACCAUCACCCUCCCCCGGGAGGUUCGGUACCUGCACGCGCUGUCCCGCUUUUUCUUCGCGCUCCGGUGGGGUAGCGAGAACUGGCAAAUUCUGUACAAAAUAGGCGCGCUCGCCGACGUCAAGGCGGUAAAUGCCACGUACUACGCAACGAAAGCGGCGCGGCUCUGGCUCGUCGCGCUGUGCUGCGGCGCGCUGACCGAACUGUGCAAAUUGAUCCGGCUGCACCGCGGGGAACCGCACUUGUCCCGGGACCAGCGAAAGCAGAUUCGGUACCAGUGCUACCGGACGCUGCUGUGCCACCUCGGGGACAUGGGGAUACCGCUGUCCCGGGGUCUGGCGGUGGAGAUUCCCGAGAAGAGGCUCGCGGCCAUGCACUUGGUUUCAGGGUUGAUACAGAGCAGCAAUUUGUAUCCGCCGAAACUUGGUUGUUGAUGCAGUUUUGAUACGGAGAUGGCACAGGAUAAGUAAUUACAACGCGGACGCACUUGGUAGUUCAGUUUCUUGAAAAUGGUAUAAAGCCUGCUCGCAACAUUGCGCGCGAGGAUACAACAU